AUGACGAAGAGGACGAAAAAGGCUGGGAUCGUCGGCAAGUACGGUACCCGAUAUGGUGCCAGUCUGCGGAAGCAGGUGAAGAAGAUGGAAGUCAGCCAACACGCUAAAUACUUCUGCGAGUUCUGCGGCAAGUUCUCUGUGAAGCGUCAAGUGGUUGGCAUCUGGCACUGCAAGCACUGCAACAAGACCAAGGCAGGCGGCGCUUAUGUGCUCAACACGGCGGCUGCUGUGACGUUAUUCCGAUUGUUUCCAUCCCCUUUUGCCCACUUCCCCCUCUCCCUCCCACACCUGCGGAUUUUCUUCCUGCGCAUCUCCCUCUUGUGGUCAGGAGGCAAAGUGUCGUUCAAGGUCACGCUGACGUCAGACCCGAAGCUACCUUAUAAAGUCUUCAACGUGCCAGAGGAGGCGCCCUUCACAGCGGUGCUCAAGUUCGCUGCGGAGGAGUUCAAAGUGCCGCCACAGACCAGUGCCAUCAUCACCAACGAUGGAGUGGGUAUCAAUCCUCAACAGAGUGCUGGCAACGUGUUCUUGAAGCAUGGUUCUGAUCUUCGGCUUAUUCCACGUGACCGUGUUGGUGGCUGCACCUACUGCUGA